CAAACUGUAGCCGAGGCAAGUCAGUGUUUACAAACCGCAGUGUGUAGCACGUGCUGUAGUUUCGGCAAAGCUUCGUUGGACUGCAAAGGAUAGCAACGCUCGAUCAUUAUGACCCGCUCCAAAAAGAAGAAGGACGACGUUGAGGAAAUUCCAAGAGGUGUCCCAAAGUCUGGCCGUGUGUGGAAAAGUGAGAAAAAAAGGUUCUCAAGCAUGGUGAAGGACAGGCCUCUGAAGACAUCAUGGAAGUUUAAAAUGGAACAGCGCGCAGAAAGAAAGGCGUUGCUGGCACUCGACCGUGAACUCAAGGAAGAGAAGAAGAGAAAAAUUGAGGAGAAGAAGAAAAGGAGGGAAGAAAACCUGAGGCGACGUGAGGAGAAUGCCAAAAAGGCAGAAGUAGUGCAAGUGAUCAAGAACACUGCCAAAAUCAAGCGGAUGUCCAAAAAGCAGCUCCGGCAUGUCAAGAAGGCGGAUACUACAGUUGUUUCUAAGAAAUCCAAGAAUGCCGACCAGUAAAGGUGUGAUGUACAGAAUAACUAAAGAUUAAAGUAUACUCAGUAA